ACACUUUUUCAUAUACACAGAUGACUCUCCUUACCUCUACCCUCCAUACUCUGUAUGUCAAGUCAACGUCAUUGUGACUAUCCUUCUAAAUCGUCCAUUUUUGUAGCGAUAGUCAUUCGACAUGUCGCAUAGAAAAUUCUCAGCGCCUCGCCAUGGUUCCAUGGGAUUCUACCCCAAGAAGAGGUCCCGUCGUCAUCGUGGUAAAGUGAAGGCAUUCCCUAAGGAUGACGCUAGUAAGCCUGUACAUCUUACGGCAUUCAUUGGAUACAAAGCUGGCAUGACCCACGUGGUUCGGGAACCUGACCGUCCUGGUUCAAAGAUCAACAAAAAGGAAAUUGUAGAGGCUGUGACUAUCAUAGAAACACCACCUAUGGUAUGCGUUGGUGUCGUUGGGUACAUUGAGACUCCACAUGGUCUGCGUGCCCUACUGACUGUGUGGGCAGAGCACAUGUCUGAAGACUGCCGUCGACGUUUCUACAAGAACUGGUAUAAGUGCAAGAAGAAGGCCUUUACCAAGACAAGUAAGAAAUGGCAGGAUGAACUUGGCCGUAAGUCUAUUGAAAAGGACUUCAAAAAGAUGGUUCGCUACUGCAGUGUUAUAAGAAUCAUUGCUCACACACAAAUGAAACUGCUAAAGCAACGCCAGAAGAAGGCCCAUAUUAUGGAAAUUCAAGUUAAUGGAGGCAAUAUUGAAGAUAAGGUGAAAUGGGCCAGAGAACACCUUGAGAAGCCCAUUCCUAUUGACUCUGUCUUUGCUCAGGAUGAGAUGAUCGACUGCAUUGGUGUUACCAAGGGCAAAGGAUACAAAGGUGUUACCUCCCGUUGGCACACAAAGAAACUUCCCCGUAAGACUCAUAAAGGUCUGCGUAAAGUUGCUUGUAUUGGAGCGUGGCAUCCUUCAAGAGUUUCCUUCACAGUGGCCCGUGCUGGACAAAAGGGUUACCAUCACAGGACUGAAAUGAAUAAGAAAAUUUAUAGAAUUGGACAAGGAAUCCACACUAAGGAUGGUAAGGUUAUCAAAAACAAUGCUUCGACUGAGUAUGACUUGUCUGAAAAGUCAAUUACGCCUAUGGGAGGCUUCCCUCAUUAUGGAGAAGUCAAUAAUGACUUUGUUAUGCUUAAGGGUUGCUGCAUGGGACCUAAAAAGCGUGUCAUAACGCUGAGAAAAUCUCUGCGAGUCCACACCAAGAGGGCAGCUCUUGAAAAGAUCAAUCUGAAGUUUAUUGAUACAGCUUCCAAAUUUGGACAUGGUCGCUUCCAGACACCGGCAGACAAGGCUGCGUUCAUGGGAACGCUCAAGAAAGAUCGUAUUCGGGAAGAGGCUGCAGCUACAGCUGCACCUACUGCAACUCAAUCUUAAGCUUUCAAUGGCUGAAUAAAUUGAUAUGAAAUCUAAUAA